UCAAGGGAGGGAAGGCGAAUAACCUAGAAGAAACCGGAGCUGGUACGCGUUUUUUGAGAAAAGGAAAGGACGCGGUUUCUUCGUGAAAUAGAAAAAAGAAUCGGGUUCUUGUGGUCGCCUUCUCUUCUAUCACCUGCUUGCAGAGAACGCGUGGGAGAGGCAGAAAGAGGAAGACAUAGUUGGGCAUACCAUGUGUUUGGUCUUCACGUGCGAUCAGGAGGACAGGGUCCUGGCGACGCAGAUGGCCCCUGGAAAUUGCCCUUAUUGUGGCGGUCUGGUGAGCUGCGCAGACGUGGAGAGCGAGUGGAGGUUUUGCUUCCUGCCCUUCUACUCCAAGACACGCAGGAAGUACUACUGCACCUUCUGCCGGAGAAAGCUCGUCCUACACCCUUCUACAUGACCUUCCAUGUCUGCGAAGGACGUAUGGAGCCCGAGGGUGGUAAGGUCAGGGGCGGUUUCUCCGUCUUUCUGGCUCUGUAUCUGUGAAUGGAAGAAAAGGUAAUACGCCCUUUUUCUUUUUCGUUUCAACAUUACCACAUACAUGUAGAGGUUUUGAAUGUAGAACAAAGUCGACUGAGGGAGCCGAGUACACCUUUUUCCUGUUAAAUUAACUGGCCUAUAUGUACAUGUACGGGUUUUUGUAUUAUAUUUAAGUUCCUCCGAAUCUUCAAGCACACGCACUCUUUCUCACUGCUUCUCAUCCUGGCCUUGUGGUGUCACCUGAUGAUGAUGGUGUGAUGGAAGGUCCAGAACUGGUAGAGCUAUUGAGUACAAAGAAGAGCAAUGAGGUAUUACAAUAUCUUUCACUCGCCCUCUCUCUUUUAUGAUCGAUCCAUCUGUAUAAUCUCAAAGGAUAAGAUUUAGGUCUACGACCAAGGUAUUAAGCGGUCUUUAUGCUUUGUAACCUCUCCAGAAAAUUCGGCAUCCCCUUCGACCGACCUGUCUCCGACAUACGGAAACCUAAAUUUGAUCAAUGCGAAAUAUUAAUCUGUGCAGGUAUAAAGAUGGUCUGUAUUAUAAAAAUAAUGCGAAAUAACUUGGUGAUGGGUAAUCACUUUCACGGCAUAGUGGAGCCAAAAAAAAUUUUUUUG